AUGGAAAUCAAGGAGGCCUACGACCCCAGUAACCCUGCAAACUUUGGGCUCAUCCAGCACCAGCAGGGUUUUGAUGUGAAAGUUAUUGACGUUAACAGGACAUGCAAAGUCACAAAGGGAGGACAAAUAGCAAAAUUCACAGCGCUAUUGGCCACUGGAAAUUACAAUGGUGUUGUUGGCUUCAGCAUGAAAGCUAAAGGCCCAACAGCCAAGAUUGCAAUACAGAGGAUAUACCUCUGGCCUGGACCAAUGAGGAGUGGAAUGUCUGCUGCUGGUAGGACUGUUGAGACUGUGCUGUACUUGGCUGGUUUCAGCAACGUCAAGACAAAGAUUAUUGGAUCAAGGAACCCACUUAAUGUGAUUAAAGCUCUCUUCAUAGCUUUGAAUGCUGUAUAUUGA